UCGUAUCCGCUUCAGGUAAAUAUAUGAGGAAGCUAGAUAGGACAUACAGGAUAGACCUUGUUGAGAUAGGAUGCUGAAUAGGUGAGUAUCCUUGUUUUUCUUCUAACAAGAAGCUUGAAAAGAAAGGUCUGUCAAGAUGCCGGAGAGCGGCGGUAUAUCGGAUGGCACCAGGAAGGUCCUGACGCUCGAGGACCUUAUCGCGGUCAUUGAACGGCAUGAGAAGACUCCAAGCAAUGUCCCAAAAGUUGAUACCUUUCACUUCAGUGGAGAAAGAGUUUCAGACUGGCUGGAUCUGGUGGAGCAAGCGAUGGUGGGCUUGUCGGAUGAGGUGAAGUUCCAGCGAAUUCUGAAAUACGUACUUCACAGGCAUCAUCAAGAGGUGGAAAAGGUUGUGGAUGCCGCCCACAGUAGCUGGGCGAGGUUCAGAGAGGGCAUGCAGCGCAAGUACCGGCUGGGAGAUGGGUUGCUAACCACCGCCGAUCUCGAGGCAAUGAACAAAGAUGACUUCACUACGAUAGGGGCCUUUGUACAAGAAUUCAAGAAAAGGGCGAGGAAGGUUCACGGGAUCUCAGAGGAGGCGCAAUGUGCCAUCUUUUUGGGCCUACUUACUGCAUCAGAGGCCUCCGAGUUGACGAGUCAUGGAGGAGGCAGCGCCAAGCUUACCUGGGCCACUAUUGACAAGGGGGUAGAGGAUGGGAGCUUGGACCAGGUGGAGCAACAUCAAAUGCGUUUGCAAAGAAGGAAAAGAAAGGAGAGGGACACCACUGCGUCAGGGACCCCGGGAGUAAAGACGAUCGUUACCGAUAUGCUUGCAUCGCUAGGCUAUGGUCAGGAUGCCGAGGCACAGAAGAAGGUGGUAGCCGUAGUCCAAGGUCGAGGAAAAGAGACGGGGGUUGAAGAAGCUAUGCAGGAAGACUACGGUGAGGAGGAGAUAGGGUCCCAAGCCCUUACUAAGGCCCAGCGGAAGCAGCGCAAUUUGUUGCUGGGAGGUCAAGGGUCUGGAAAGGGACAGGUCCCGCAAGCGAUUGCUGCCCCAUCGACUGCCGUCAUGACUGCGCCUGUAUCAGCAGGGCCAUCGCAAAUGGGGCCGCCACCAGUCUAUGGACAUUGGGUGCCGCUAGCGUGGCAGGAGGAGGAGCUCAAGGGCAAGGAGGACAAGGCAAUGGUGGUCGGGGACAAGGAGGUCGAGGAGGUGGCGGCCGAGGACGGAACGGCGGGGGGCGCGGUGGUGGAUGGAAUGGCCAAGGGGGCCAGAGCCAAGGUGCCACGUCAGGCGCCGAGUCAAGCGCCUCCUCGAAAGAGACCCAAGCUCGAGCGCAGGAAAGAGGUGGUUGAGGUCCCGGAGGAAGAAGAAGAGGAGGAUGAUGAUACGGAAGAUGAGAGGCUCCGUCAAGAGGAAGAUCGGAGGACGGAGCAAAGAGCCCAACGGAGAGGGGCCCAGGAGGAAGCUGAGCCGGGCCCACAAGACGGUCUGCCUAAGAAGAGAAAGUACACAGUCAGCUUGGGUCAGGAGUCAAUUGAAGACACUCCACCAGUUGACGGAUUCUUGGACCAGGAAGAGGACGUCCGACUCCAUAUAAACAAGUGGUCCUUGCGAGUGCCCAACUGUGUCAGCCACCCCAUAUGGAUAGCGCCAAGAGGAUACGAGCAGAAGGCUGAUUUAGUGCUUAAGCCAUUUCAGGAGGAAGAUCCAUGGGAAGGCAAUGACGUUCUUUGGAUGAUGAAGUUGGCACUGGCAGGUACGCAUGGCAUGGUGGAAGAAGUGAGGACGAUAGAGGAGGGCCCUACUCAAGUGGAAGAGCAUGAGCAGCUGAUGGGAGGGAUGUACCUGCUCACAAAUACGCUUCUGCAAGGGGACUUUGACCGAGAGCGCUCCUUAAGCCCAGUUGAGGGCGAGGACCUCAUUCCUGAGAGUCAGGACGACGAGUUCGAAGAAGGGAAGAUUAAAGAGGCGUUCCGCGCAGAGGAGUACGAUGAGAUUUAUCUUGAGUUAGGCCUACUCCUAUCCUGUGAGAUGAGGGACAGGGAUGCAAACGCUAAAGCUCAGAAGCUGAGGCAUCUCUAUGUGGUGACGGAUGACCAUCUGUUCAUAAAGCGGUCUGACGUCUUGAAGAUAGCCAUGCAGCGGGGCGAGAGGGACACACGGCCACGGCAGAGACCUCUCGGGGCAUCCGGAGAGGGGGAGCGGCACGGGCCCUUCAGGAGGGAGCCUACACCCGUAUUUGAUGACGACAACAUCGAGCUCUUCCUAGACGCCUACCGGGACCAUGCGACCCAGAGAGGAUGUGACGUAUCUGAGAGAAUACGACACUUGAGAGGGAUUGGGAGGUUUGAGGAGCCUAUCGCACAGAUCAGGGAGGAGGCGUUGGCCUGGCCAGAGGUGGAGGCGAGGAUGCAGAGAUUGAGAGCUUCGCCUGUGGGGCGUAAUGGGCUACCUAUUCGCCUGGAGGAAGGGAACGCGGAGGAAUUCAUCCCGGCAUAUGAGCAGUAUAUGAGUGACCAGGGGGUUCAAAGGGAAGAGUGGAUGCAGACUCUACUCAUUUGGACCAGAGGGGCGGAGCGACCGUUAGCGAGGCAGAUCCGGGAUCGGGCACAUGACUGGGAGGAUUGCCGGGCUCAAUUGAGGGAGGCAUUCCGGCGGCCAGAACCAAGCAGCCCAGAGGCCAAGGUUGAAAGAAGGCGGCGGUGUAAAAGGCUAAGGGAUUUGGAGCCAAGGGAGCCAAUUGCAACGAGGGGGGGCCGGAAGGCCUUGGCACAGCGAGGAGGAGGACGGGCCGGACCUACUCGGGCGAUAGAGUCCUUUCCUGCUUGUGGGCUUAGGCAAGUGGAGUUCCGUCAGGUUACUGAGAGUGACCUACGGGGACCUUCGCCACGAUUAUCAGAGCAAGGGGAGGGUGAACUGCCGGAUGCCCCACUCAGGAAUCUGGAAUCCCAUCUCGACGCUUCCCAGUGGGGAGCUUCUUCAGUGGGAGUGGGCCCAGCGGAUCCAUCAGAAGAGCAGCCGACACGCCCCGGGGUCGAGACCGAGCCACAUAGGCGGGGGAAGUUGCACGAUGUGGAGGUUUUUAUGAUAGGGGGUGACACCCCUCCUCGUGCCCCAGUCCCGGAGCAGGUGCGGCAGCGUUGGCCAGAGGGAGUCCCGGAACCAGACAGCCAGGAAAUUCCAACACCCCUGCCAGAAGCCACUAGGUCACCCGGCCGGGAGGUCGAGACGCAGGGACCGGGCGAGGGGUGGAGGACUGAUCCCCGUAUGGUCAUUGACUCGCGCCUAGCCGCCCACGCAGCCGAUCACCCUGAUAUUGAGGUGCCUAUUCCGGCGAGGCCAUCGCCUGGGCCGGCUCACGUUGAGCCCGAGAGGGGCACGCAGGCUCCAGCCAGGGAGGCCAGGGGAGUGAGAGCGGAAAGGGUGCCGGACAAGGCCGCUGAGGCGAAGUCUACUAGGAUACAGGCCCGCCUUGCGGAGAUACAUGAGCGGAGGGACAGGAUGGAGGCUGCAGGGAUAGCACCGACGACGCCAGUUGACCCUAAGACAAGUGAGCAGAAGAUUGACGAGCUGUGGGCCAGAUACGAGGGUCGAAGGGAGGCCGCUCGCCAGAGGGCACAGGAGACGGGACAGGCAACUGAGAGGGCAGAUGAGGCGAUAGAGAUUGGGGAGCUAGGAUUUUCUGCCACCAGAGGGGCCAUCGAGCGAGUGGACAGAAGGAUAAAGCAAGCAGCCACCACGUCCUUUCAGAGGUAUACCCUGCUCAGUGACGAGCUGGCGGUCAGGAAGGGAGAGGUGGAGCAGCUGACUACCCAACUUGCAGAGGAAAGGGCGGAGAACAAGGCCUGGAGGGCACGCCUGGAAGCAAAGGAAGCCGAGUGGGGCAAAAAGCUCAAGGAAAUGUCGACUGCGGUGGAGAGACUCUCGGCCACUAAGGUGGUCGACUGGACUGAGCAAAGCAGGUAUGGCAUUCAAGGCAAGGGGAUGCAGAGGCUGUUUGGCCGGGAAGAGGCAGGAGAGGCAUCUCAACAAGAGAAGCUAGGGAAGGUGUUUCUAGAACAGGCUGAGGUGGAGGCGAGGAGAGAGGCCAACAAAGGAAGCUUUGAGUUCAAGGCUCCCACUGAGUUAGCCUCGCGGCAAGAGGCCCCGACUUUAGCAAGCGCUCCUAUGGGGACACCAGCUCAGGAGCCCCAGCCUGCACUGGCGGAAGAAGAAGCGGCAGAGGAAUCACCGACGAUCCUUUUGGAAGUACAGGAAGGGACCCUUACUGGAGCAGUGGUACCCCCUCAGCCUGAGGCACAAGGGAAAGAGUCGUCGCGCCUAGACGAGUUGGUAGCCGCCAUGGAGGUAGAUAUGCCACCAGAGAGGCCUCAGAGGCUGGAAACCCCGGAGGACGUGCCGGAAAUGAAGGAGCUGAGGACACAGUUGGGCUCCUGGGCCACAGGGACCGACUCAGGAGGGCAGGCCACUAAGCGACAGCAGCAAGAGCCCAUGAGCCAGCGUACUAGGGCCACUACUCCCCAAGCUUCGGAGCCUCGUGAAAGUGAGGAAGUGGUUGUGAUGGAGAGGACCCGCGAGGGCAGGCCAGUGAGGUUGGAUACCCCUACGUACCAACCCGGGGGAAGUGAGCAGCGAGGGGAAUCGAGUGCCCAGGGACGUGAGGAAAGAACUGAGGGGCCAUGUCACCUGCCCCAGAGUCGUGAGGUGGACAAGGAAACGGAAGAGGCGCUUCCAUCGUCAAGGAUCAAGAAAAGCAAGAAGAGGUUUCAGAGAAAAUCAGGAUGGCGUGCCUAAGGCCCUAGAGUGUCCUAAAUUCCUCAAGGACAGGGCUGAGGGACGGGUUACUGAGCGAG